CGCCUGGGGGUCAUCGAGGUGCUGGGCUCCAUGCCCGACCCCACCCAGGAUGCCGUGGGUGGGGGAGAGGCCGGGGCGGGGGACGAGGGGGGACCCCCGGAGCCGGAGCAGCCCCCCGAGGCGCAGCUGGAGGCGCCGCCGGCCGAGGAGGAGGAGGAGGAGGAGGAGCGGCGGGAGGCGAAGGCGGUGCCAGCGGGGCCGGGGGCGCGCAAGGACCCCCAUUUCAGGCUGGCUGCCCCCGACGCCCCCGGGGGGCUCGGGGAUAUCGGGGAGCCCCCCGGGGCUGAGCCCCCCACCCCCGAGGGGACCCCCAUCCUGCGCAGGAAGAUCGGGGUAAGGGGGGAAAGGGGAUUUUGGGG